AUGAAAAAACGAUGUUUACCAUCAAAUCAUCCUGAAUUAGCUGUAUCUUAUUGUAAUAUUGGUCUUGCUCAUUUAGCUUUAAAUCAUUAUGAUGAAGCACUUAUUUAUUAUAUGCGAGAUUUAUCGAUGAGUGAAAAAACACUUCCUUCAGAUCAUGCUGAAAUCGGUAUAACUCAUCAUAAUUUAGGUCAAGUUUAUCGAGCAAAAGAAAAAGGAAGUCAUUUAGCAUUGAAACAUUAUCAAAUGGCUAUUGAUAUUUAUAUGAAAAGUUUACCACGUCAACGUCCAUAUAUCGGCAGGUGGGAAAAUGCAUUUCAAUAUGCAGAAGAAGCUUUUCAUAUUCUUGAAGCAACACUUUCUGAAGAACAUCGACGACGUGCUAAGUCAGCAUAUAUUUUAGCAAAAGUUUAUAAGAAAAUGAAUCAAAAUAAUAAAGCAUUAGAAUAUGCAAAUAAAGUGUAUAAUAUUCAAUUGAAAACUCUUAAUAUCAAUCAUAAAGAAGUACAAAAAACAUUGGAAUUAAUUAAAAGUAUUGAAAUAAUAAAAAAUAUUUGA